CGGCUGCCGCCUCUCCGACCGCGUCGGCUACCGGGUGGAGCGCGCGCCGCGCGGCCGCGGCCGCUCGCGCCAUUUUUACCUGCGCCGCCGCAGCGAUGUGACGAUGUUCGGGGGCGACGUGGACCGGCUGCUGCUGACGGUGACGAAGUAUGACCGGCAGCGGCUGCGGCUGGCGUUCCGCGACGCCAAAUCCCCACGUUACGAGGUGCCGCUAGCUAUGAACCUGCCCGACUCGCUGUCGGCUCCGCGCCGGCCCGAGUACAAGGUGCACGUGCCGGCGCGCCAGCCGGGCGGCCCCUUCUCUCUGGACGUGUUCCACGGGCGGCGGGGCGCGCUGCGCAUGCUGCCGCAGCUUACCUACAGCGAUCAGUUCAUCGAGGCGUCCUUCCUGCUGGCCGGCGACGACGUGUACGGCUUCGGCGAGAACAACCACGACAGCUUCCGCCACGACCUGGAGGCGGCGACCACGUGGCCGAUCUUCGCCGUGGACCGCGCGCCGGGCGACGGCAAGGAGAACCUGUACGGCGCGCAUCCGUUCUUCACGGCCAUCGAGGACGCCUCGGGGCGCAGCUUCGGCGUGCUCUUCCUCAGCAGCAACGCCAUGGAGUACAAGCUGUUCCGACUGAACGGCUCGGCGGCGCUGACGUUCCGCACGACGGGCGGCAUCCUGGACAUGUACCUGUUCUUCGGCUGGAGCCCGCUGGAGGUGUUGCGUCAGUACCACGUCACCAUCGGUCUGCCGGUGCUGCCGCCCUACUGGGGGCUCGGCUUCCAGCUGUCGCGCUUCGGCUACAAGAGCACCGACGACAUCCGCGCCAUCCACAACCGCACGCGCGCCGCCGGCGUGCCGCAGGACGUGCAGUACUCGGACAUCGACUACAUGGAUCAGCGGCGCGACUUCACCGUGGCGCCCGAGCGCUUCGGCGACCUAGCCGGCCUGGUGAAGGAGCUGCGCGACAAAGAGGGCGUGCGCGUGACGCUCAUCUACGACCCGGCCAUCGCCAUCGACUUCGGCACGUACCCGCCGGUGGAGCGCGGCGUGCAGCGGGACGCGUUCGUCAAGUGGGCGGACGCGAGCCUGGUGCCGGCGGACCAGUGCGCCGGCUGCCGCGACUACGUGGUCGGCUACGUGUGGCCGCGCAACAAGACGCUGUUCCCGGACUUCUUCCGGCGCGCGACGGUCGAGUGGUGGACGGACGAGAUGCGGCGCUUCUCCGAGCUGGCCGGCCGGCCGGACGGCUUCUGGAUCGACAUGAACGAGCCGUCCAACUUCGGCACCAACAUGGAGAGGCCGUUCAACUGGCCGAGCAACCUGCCGCCGUGGAGUCUGAAGUGCCCGAACAACAGCCUCGACAGCCCACCCUACCCCACCAUGUACGGCAACCGCGACCCGAGCAACGAAAGCAAGCGCAUCUCGGACAAAACCAUCUGCAUGUCGACCAAGCACAGCAACGACGUGUUCCCGUCGUCCGUCACCGCUCCGCGGCCGAAGCGCCCGCGCCGCCGGUCCCACCGAGUCCGGUCCUGGCGGCGGCGGCCGAUCGGCGCGCGACCUGACCGAGACGCCCCCGCCGUCCAGGAGCUGCGCCACUACGACGUGCACAGUCUGUACGGCUGGAGCGAGACGCACGCCACGCGCGUCGCCAUGGACGCCGUGCUGAGCGGGCGCCGCGGCCUGCUGGUGGGGCGCUCCACCUUCCCCGGCGCUGGCCGCUGGGGCGCCCACUGGACGGGCGACAACACCUCCCGCUGGAAGGACCUCAAGCGCUCCAUCGUCGGCCUGCUCGAGUUCAGCAUGUUCGGCAUCCCGCACGUGGGCGCCGACAUCUGCGGCUUCAACGGCAACACCACCGAGCGGCUGUGCCUGCGCUGGAUGCAGCUGGGCGCGUUCUACCCGUUCUGCCGCAACCACAACACGGACAACGGCGUGGACCAGGACCCGGCCUCCUGGCCGUCGGUGGCGGCGGCGUCGCGGGACGCGCUCGGCCUGCGCUACCGCCUGCUGCCCUACCUCUACACGCUGAUGUUCCGCGCCGCCGCCUACGGCGCGACCGUGGUUCGGCCGUUGGCUUUCCAGUUUCCGAAGCGGCCGGAGCUUCGCGGCGUGGACACGCAGUUCCUCUGGGGCGGGGCCGUCAUGGUGGCGCCCGUGCUGACCGAGGCGAACAUCACGCACGUGGAGGUGACCUUCCCGCCCGGCGGCUGGUUCGACCUGCGCGACGGCUCGCUCGCGCGCGCCGGCAACGAUACGGCCGUCGUGGGCUACGACGUGCCGCUGGCGAGCAUGAUCCCCGUGUUUGCGCGAGACGGCGCCGUGCUGCCGAUGCAGCCGAACGCCUCGACCACGGCCGCCAGCCGCCGCGGCGCCUUCACCGUGGCCGUGUUCGGCCGCGACGCCCGCGGCGAGCUCUUCUGGGACGACGGCGAGACGCGCGACUCGCUGGCCGCCGGCAAGUUCUACCACUGCUUCUUCCACUUCCGCCGCGGCCAGCUCACCAUGCUGGUGGACAAGGCGCAGACACAAUGGUUGCAGACACCGCUGGUGGAGCGGCUGCUUUUCCACGGCGUGGACGCGGCGCCGGCCACCGUCACCGUAGACGACGUCCCUGUGGACAGCGCCGACGUCCACUUCGCCAACGGCAUCCUCUCGGUCAACGUGCACAUGCACAUGGGCAAGGACCAUGAGGUCAACCUGAAGGCCGCCUAGGAUGGGCCGGCAGCGGGCGGCGGCAGACCGCACCGUCGCCUGAUGUAACCUGCUUUUUGCCGGGCUGCGUGGACUGGUGCAGCGUCGCGCUGUGAUUGGCGAUUGGACUCAGUUGCGAUGCCGCUCGGAACGAGCUGGCUCCGCUCCGUGGAGCGUGAUGUAUCGGCGAUGCCAGCUGGGCGGGGAUCACGGACAAACUGAAGAGGAUAGCGUCGUCGCCAUUGUUUCGCGAAGGCCGCGAGGCACGCGGUGCGGCUAAUGUUGUGUCGAUGUUCAUGGAUAGCGUCAUAAUACGUUCGCUAAUUGGCUAAUACACUUUGUACGGCUGCGAGGUCGCCACCGGGCUGGAGUACGCCUCACUAGGUCACGUCCUCGCAACGGUGAAUGCGCACAAAAGCAAAUGGCUGUGAGCAGUGGCAGAUAACAGCAAACAAUGCCCAGGCCAUAGGAUGCGCGCGUCGAAGCUGUCGGUCGUACGGACAUGUUCCGCUCGGAUCGCGUUUGGGUUUUUAAACGACUCGUUUUAUGAGGCCACUGCAUAAACAAUUGGCUACAGAACUGAUUAAGUCAAGAUCAGAAAACAAAUAAUGUGAUUGGUGACCAGGAUUAAAG